AUGAUCUCAAACCCACCACCACCAACAAACCGCGAACACAUUCCCGCCGGUCAGAACGCCAACUCCAACAACAUGAAUAACUCCAACACCUCUGAGAACAUGAACAACGAAGACGAUAAUGACGACGCCCAAUCAGACAUCAGCAUCCCUUACUCCUCCCUCACCGAAAGCACCACCAGUUUGAGUACCAGCAGCUUUCUCACUCCCACCGUCUCAUCAUCAGAUGCCGAUACCGUUGAAGGAGGAGGCGAUCUUCAUACUAUCAACUCGGUCCUGCAACCCGAUGAACAGAUUGACGAGUCUCUAGCGCAAUGGAGAAGCUUGUAUCGCGAUCAGAUUGAGCGGCAAAUUAUCGAAAACCGAAACCGAGACAGAGACGAAAAUGGGACGACGACGACCGCCAGUAAUAUCUUGAGCUUGAGCGCUGGGAACUUGCGGUUACAUACCAGCCAGAUGGGCACGAGUACAAAUAUGACUGGGGAAGGAGGAGGAGAAGGAAGAGGAGGAGCUAGGCUUAACGGAAGCCUUCCAUCCCGAUCUCUCAGUCCCUCGACGACUAUCAGCACCCCCAGCGCUUCCCAGGCUCACGAAGCCGACGGUGACACCGACCACGAAUUCCCACCGUUAACCAUUCUUACCCCCGCGCCCACAGACAUAGCGAGUGUCACGCGAUCUUCGACGCCCACACCAGCGGCGUCAAAUUACGAAAGUGCUCCAUCAUCUCCCUCCGGCGGAACUCAAAAGUCAAGACCACCAUCCUCGCGCUACACCCGCCACGCCGCCCCCCUCCCAGGCCAAACGUUUAUCCUUCUCGAAGCCUCCACCGGCCGAGCGCUGACUUUGAUAGACGGGAACUUGCGGCUCGUUCACGUUCCGGAUCCGGAUUUGAUCAGUAUUACUGACAACUCCAAUUCCAAUUCCAACUCUAAUACCUCCUCUUCUGAUAUCAGCGUGCCUCCAUGUGUCGCAAAAGGCCAAUGUAACUGGCACUGGCACUGCGUCGAGACCGCUGGGUGGUUAGGGUUCCGCAACGCGGCUUCGGGAACCUUUUUGGGCCACGAUAUGUGGCAGAAUAUUAUUGCGAGGGUGUACAAGCAUAACGGGUGGGAGUGGAUUGCUGUGAGGCCGGCGCCUGGUGGGCCGGAAGGAAAGGGGUGGUAUUUGAUGGUGACGCAUUGGGAAAGGUUGUAUAAGAUCAAGUUCUUGGAGCAGCAGGGAGGCGCUCUUGUGGCGAUGGAUUCGGUGGACGGGACGGUUUGGGAGUUUGUUGGGGUUUGA